AUGAUAACAAAUUAUAAUGAAUUAAAUGAACAAAUAAAUGAAUGUAUUGUAAAUAUUUUACAAUAUGCUGAUAAUAGAUCACGAAUGAUUUCACCUGAACUUGAUCAACGUUCACCAACAGAUCAACUUGUUCAAUUAAAUAUAUAUGAAAUUCAAAUUCAAGAACAAUUAGCAAUUGUUGAACAUCAUAAUCUAAUUACAUCGAAAUUUAUUCAAGAACGUAUUGAACAAUUACGUCAAGAUAUUCUUUCUUUAAAAGAUGAAGUUGAAUCAAUACUUGAAAAAGAAAAUGAAACAACAUCAAUUCAAAUAAAAAUUGAUCUUUUAAUUGAAACUCUACAAAAUGAACUUGAUCGUCAACCAACAUUUUCCUCUCUAU